CUGCGCUUUCGGCGAGAUAGAAGUCGCCUCUCAAAUUUCGCCGUCUCCAAAUUUUGUGUUGGAGUGUGGCUACCGAAUGUUCAUUGGCAUGUAUACAUGUACCGGUAGAUAGGUGUUUGCAAAAGGCAGGCAGGAAGUGGCAACAACAAAUUAACCAUGACACCCCGCAUCCAGCCUGUGGACCACCGUUCGUCCAGAGUAGUAGACGCAACCCAUGCGAGGCAGAGGCCUAGAUCGCAGUUGUUGGACACGGCCAUGGCGUAUGAGAUGGCAGUUCUGAAGGAACAGACGAAUGACGAGCGAUGGAGCGACGCCAAUAUUCAAAAGGUUGUCAAGCAGUGGAAACUGAGUGACUUGGAAGAACAGCAAUUGCGUCAGAUCAAGCUUCGCAUGGCAGAUCUGGAUCAUUGGAAGAACAACCCGUUGGAUGUUGUCCGUUACUUGCGAGGGCCUGGCAAAUUUGAGCAAGUAGAAGGCAAAAUCAGAGAAAUGAUAGAAUGGCGGAUUCAAUAUGGAGCUGACUCCCUCUUGGAAACCUACCGGCCUCCUCGUACGUUGCUCUACUACGUCCCCAGUGCUAUCCUAAAGGGCUACGACAGAGAGGGCGAUCCCAUCUAUCUCGAAAGAGGCGGUGUCAUGGAUGGAGUUGGGCUCCAACGGUAUUCACGGGAUGAUAUAGUACGCCAUAUUAUUUGGCUACGGGAGAUUGGUACCCGCGGGCAUUGGAUCCAGGAUUUUGAAAAGAAGACGGGGCGAACACCGUCACAAGUCACCAUUAUCUAUGAUAUGCAGGGCAUGUCGUCACGCCAUUUAAAAGCAGGCGUCAUUCCCAUGUUCCAGGCCAUUGUCAAAGUCAAUCAACAGCGUUAUUGUGGGUUGGCCAAGCGGAUCAUUGUACUCCGGGCUCCUCCUAUUUUUAACUUUAUCUGGAACAUGGCAAAGCAUUUCUUCCCUCCCGAAGGACAAAAGCUCAUGGUUUUCACUGGACCCAGCAAUUAUCUCAAAGUUUUGGACAAAUUUGUGGAUCGCAAAGUUUUGCCUCCGUGCAUUUGCAAAGAAGGACGCGGCACUGCCAUGGAUUGCAUGCCGCAAAAUUUUGAAGGCGGCAAUCUACCCCCCAAUGCGGAGGCUUCCAUUCCAGAUGAACCCUGGAUCACAGAGUUGAUGAAUACCGCCAAAACGAUGAAACGACGAGAGCAAGAACGACAACGCCGUCUUGCGCCACCGCCACCAAAAGUGAAAGAAGUAUCCGCUGAGACUCUUUUUCCUCCGGUGUGCUUGUCGCACUAUCUCAAUGUACAGGUCUUGAACAUACCACAAGCGCAAUGGCAGGAUGAAUAUGAAACCGUGCUGGUGCGCUGAUAUGUACGGUAUGUUUGUAACAAGUAAGAAGCCGUACUCAUUGGAGACAUGCGACAAUCGAUUUUGUGUUUGGUGUGAUGAGCCUUCAGUUGGUCGAUUCCGGCGCCUCGUGUGAUGUCGGGGCCGAACCGAACGGCCCAUUGUACCGAUAUACUAUAGAAAACAGCUAAUCUAUCGCCCUACUACAUAUCAUUUCAGUGGCCAGACUUACGUCGUCCGUAGUUCCUUCAGUCUGCGCGGUUGAUUUUUGUGGGCUACUUUAUAUCAAAUGCAAAGCAAUUAAAGCAUUGAAUGCGUCGUAUCACGUCAUUGACAAACAAAAAGGGCACCGCAGGGCCCGUUGACUGCCACUUAUAGCGCAAUUCGUGCGUCGCAAAACAUGAAUGAUCCAACCGAAUCUUCUUUUGGAGACGAC